UGUAUAAGUAGCACGCGGUUGGUGAGCUGAGAGUUUAGUGCUGCAGGUGCGCGGAAGGACGAGAAGGACACGCGUUAGUUUCCUUGCGUCCGGUCAGUAUUGAACCCCGCGCUGUCCCGUUACAAAUCACCGUCCGUCUGCUGUCGCGAUGCGUGCGCUCGCCCUCAUUGUUGUGUUGGCGUUUAUCGGCGGGUCUGCGGCCGACACUCCGGCCAACUGCACCUAUGAGGACCUGCUGGGCACCUGGAUCUUCAGCGUUGAUAAUGUGGGUCGAGACCGAACCAUCAACUGCUCCAGCACAGGAAAGUCAGUGAAAACUGUGACCGUGGACCUGCAGAAGCUGUCUGUAGCUGUGGAUGAUCUCGGUCACACUGGCUUCUUCACUCUUAUCUAUAACCAGGGCUUUGAAGUGGUGAUCAAUGACUACAAGUGGUUCGGGUUUUUCAAGUAUUCUCAGCAGGGUUCAGAGGUGACCAGUUACUGCGAUCAGACGCUGCCUGGUUGGGUUCAUGAUGUUUUGGGGAAUAACUGGGCCUGUUUCACUGGGAAGAAGGUGCAGCCCAUCCCACCUCGAAUCGACCACAAUCACAUGCUUGGAUUUGAACACAAACUGCUCAUGAAGCUGCCAUACACAAACAACAUGGAGUUCGUGAAUCAAAUAAACUCUGUUCAGAAGUCCUGGAAAGCGACAACAUACAGUCUCCAUGAGACCCUAACCAUACAGGAGAUGCUGAGAAGAUCAGGAGGACAUGCCUCUCGUAUACCACGUCGUGUCAGGCCUGUGACGGUUUCCGCAGACAGUAAGAUGGCAGCCGGUCUUCCAGAACACUGGGACUGGAGAGACGUGAACGGACUCAAUUAUGUUAGCCCUGUCCGCAACCAAGCUCAAUGCGGCAGCUGUUACUCUUUCUCCACUAUGGGAAUGCUUGAAGCACGAGUCCGAAUCCAGACGAACAACACGCAGCAGCCAGUGUUCAGUCCACAGCAAGUGGUGUCCUGCUCCCAGUAUUCUCAAGGUUGCGAUGGAGGUUUUCCAUACCUGAUUGGUAAAUACAUUCAGGACUUUGGCAUUGUGGAGGAGGACUGUUUCCCGUACACCGGGGAUGAUUCUCCCUGCAAAGUACCUGAGAAAUGCACGAGGUACUACGCCUCUGAUUAUCACUACGUGGGUGGGUUUUACGGCGGCUGCAGCGAGGCGGCCAUGAUGCUGGAGCUGGUCAGGAACGGCCCCAUGGGUGUGGCCCUGGAGGUGUACCCAGAUUUCAUGAACUACAAGGAGGGCAUCUAUCAUCACACUGGCCUCCGUGACUCCAACAAUCCGUUCGAGCUGACCAAUCACGCGGUGUUGUUGGUGGGGUAUGGGAAGUGCCCUAAGACCGGCGAGAAGUACUGGAUCGUGAAGAACAGCUGGGGAAACGGGUGGGGCGAGAAUGGGUUUUUCAAAAUCCGUCGUGGAACGGAUGAAUGCGCCAUUGAGAGCAUUGCUGUAGCUGCUACACCAAUCGCCAAACUUUAGAGAGUGUAGACGAAUUGGUCCGUUGAAACAAGCAUGGUCGGAUGAAAUAUUUUUUUUUAGUAUGCAAUUCUGAAAAUU